AUGGGAUUCUCUUUAUCUAUGCUAGUUGAUCAUAUUAUUGAUAUGGACGAGACUUAUCGUGAGGUUAAAUCUCGACUCUUUGGGUAUAUAUCAUUUCUUGAACAACUUCCAGAAUUUUUAAUGAAAAUUUGUAUAAAUAUUUCAGGAAGCCGAUGGAAAUGGGGCGCGAACGAGAAUGGGAGACAUGUGCUGCACACUCGGCGCCGGCUUCAUUUGCAGUAUUGUCAUCGGGAUGUCGCAGAGCUGCAAGUUUUCCGUUUUUCGGUGAUACUGCUAUUCAGCCAAGUAGUCUUAAAGUGAGUUUAUCUUUUAAAGAACUUGUACUGAAUUGAUAGAUUUAUUUGUUUGUAUUUCUCUUGGACUAGUUCAAUUGAAAAUUCUGACGUAAAUUUGCAGACGUUUUUUCUCAAGUAAACAAGAACCUUAAAAUUUCAAUAUUUUCAGCCAAUUUUUAAAAGUAAACCUGUCAAAAAUGACAUUUGCCCACGUUUCUUUGAAGCUUUAUCUAACAACUUAAUGUCAAAAAAAUUGUUUUUCAUAUUUUUUCUUAUCAGUAUUGGUCAGCUAAGCUUUCAGUAUCAGUUUUUAUGUUUUAUAGGAAAAAAUUGAACUUUUUUAUUAGUAAUUUUUACCUUUUUUUCUUGAAAAUCUUUUCCCACUCUUCAAAAUUUUAUUUAUCCAAACUCUCCUCAAAACCUCCCAUAUUGUUCAGUAUAAAAAACACAUACAUGUAAAGCCAUGUGCAACGUGCAAAAAAGCACAUACGAAGAAAAAAGCACAAAAAAUAGAGCUUCGUCUCCAGCUCCAUCCAUGCGAAAUAGUGUUAGAAUAAAAGAGAGCGAGAGAGAAUGUUAUUCUCUUUUCUUUAUUUUUUCAAAGAGCGAUCAAAAGUUCAAAAAUCGACGGGAUUACUUUUGUUGGUUGAUAAAAAAAGCGUUGAAAAUAAAUAAAUAUUUUUUAAAGAUGAAAGUUUUGCAGGUUCGUUCACAAAGUGAAUCUGAAGGGCUGAAUAAAAUGCGAAUGAAUCCGAUAAAGUCAUUUGAUGCGACAAUGAGAAAUCGAAUGUGCAAAACAGUCAUCAAAGAAAAUGGUGAGUGAAAAAUAAUCAAGGGGUUUUGAAAAGUGUUUUGAAUCCCUAGGGCUUCUUGUAAUUUCAAUAACAAAUUUUCAAAAAUCAAAUAAUUCUAAUAAAUACAGUGCAGAAUUUUUUUUUAUAAUUUGUAUAUUUUUUGCUGAAAACCUCCCAAUCAAUUAUCACUUUCUAGACGAGGGAAGCGACUAUCAGUCACACAGUUCAUCAAGCAGUGAUUGCGACGCCGACGAUCAAGACGUGUUUUGUGCAGGGCCGCUCGAAAUCGAAGAAGCCGUCGUUGAAGACGUGAAAAAAGCACGAAAAUGUGUGAAAUUUGCCGAUGAUUGUGGAAAAGCAUUAUUCAUUGUCAAAGUUGCCAGCGAGCCGAGCGAUUGUCCCCCAAAAUUGAGCCCAUCAGUGAUUCGCAGAUAUCGAGGAGACUCAUUUGAUGAGGAUAAAGCAUCGCAUGAACCGGCGCCAAUUUGGACAACACUUUUCAAACAACCAGCUGCUGAAUAUAUCAAGUUCAGAGAGAAUUUGGAGAAUGUAGGUUUUGUUUUUAUCCCAAUAAACCUUGAAUGAAAUUUGAAUUUUAGAACAAAGUGAGCUUGGAAAAUGUGAUUGUGAAUAGUGAAAGCUACAAAAUUAUUGGAACUAUCAAAGUGAGCAAUAUCUCGUUUGAAAAAUCGGUUUUCAUUCGCUACACUAUGAAUGGCUGGGCGUCUUAUAUGGAUAAAGCUGCGCAAUUUCAACCAUCGACUAGUAAAUUGUAUGACACUUUCAAGUUUGAAUUGGAUCUUCCAUCUUCUGUUGAUAAGGUUGGUCAGAUAAUGAAAUCUAAAAAAAAAUCAAAUUCUGAACUGCACUCUAAAAACUCUGAUCCGAAAUUUUGCUUGUUUUUUAUCCUGAAGUUCAAACCUGCUUCCCAAUAUAUUCCCUCCUAUUUUCCAGAUUCACAAAAUCGAAUUCUGUGUAUGCUUCAAAGCCGGUGGCACAGAAUACUGGGAUUCAAACUCGGGUAGCAAUUAUGUGCUCCAAUGUGAGCAGCCACAAACUCCAUCGCGCAGAGGAUCACUUUUCGGAAGGUAAGGACAUCUCAAAGUUUGACCAAAAAAAAACCCUAACAUUUUCCAGCCAACGUUACCUUGAUCACGACGACGCUUACAAAUUGGAUUACACCGAAUGGGGUAAAUUUGCGUCAUGGAAAAAUUUGAGUACGGCUGGUCCAUACUGGUAA